AUGAAGAAGGCACUGGUUGAGGAGGGCAGUCGGUCUGUUUUGCUGUCACGGCAGCACAGGUUUAAUGAUCGCUGCUGCAUCCUCUGCUGCUCUCCCUUCACCUUUCUGCUCAACCCUACACGUUCCUGCCUGGACUAUUGCUACAACGUCUGCAAAGGCUGCUGCACCUACAGUAAAAAGGACAAAGGCUGGCUGUGCUCCGCCUGUCAGAAGACCAGGUCAGUUCUGCCGCGCUCUCCAGAGCUGUUGUGAGCGUGAGCUCCGUCAGGAGGCUUUCAAAGGAAACACCUGCAGGCUAUUGAAGACCCAAUCACUGGAAUGGUUCUACAAUAAUGUGAGAAGGCGUUUUAAAAGGUUUGGCAGUGCCAAAGUGUUAAAGAACCUCUACAGGAGGCAUGCAGCCGAGCGUGGAGUGCUAGAGGAGCUUACAGCAACAGAGGGCAGCACUUAUGAAGAGAGCAGCAUGUAUGAGAGUGACUCCACAUUCUACAGGCAAAUUGAAGAGAACAGCAUGGCUGAGACUAUUAAUGUGGCACUGCUGGUGGCAGAAGAGGCCAUAGAUGAGGCCAUCGCUAAAGCUGAGAGCCAGAGUGACAAUCAAGAGAAGCAGAACAAAGCUCAAUAUCUGCAAGAGCACAGAGAAGAGCUGAUGGAGGAAUUGGCCAAAACUAUAGUACAGAAAAUUGUCCGCCGGAAAAGGGAUCUGUCUGAGGUGAAGUCUGCAUGUAAUCUGGACCAGAACAGUGAUGGAAUCUCUCCUGUUCAAACCCAGAGUGCCUUUGAUGCUUCUCUUUGGAGGUCUCACUCAGCUUUCUGUCUCUUGACUGAUGAGAAAACUGACCAGCAUGCUAACAUUGGGUCAAAACUUUCAUCCCCUGUCAUAAGUCAUACUCUGGAAAUGAAGAAAGAAAAACCAAAGUCUGUCCAGGCCAUGCCUAGCUGGAGGAGUGUUGACCGAUUGGACAAUUCCAUGUUCCAGAGUCCUGAUGGUAACUGGAUUGCUUAUCAGAGCAACCUGCUCUCUCGACCAGGCCUUUUAACUAAGCGCAAAAGUCUGGUCUACAGCGUGUUGGAAAGAGAGUCUGGAGUGGUGUCAGCUUACCAUGAGAUGGGCUCAGAAACAGAGCCUGAAGCUAAUGGUGUCUGGGGCACUGCACUGGAAGAGUUUCGGCAUAAAAUGUCUGCCAAUAAGCAGUUGAGUUACCCAGAGUCCUACAGCCAUCAAGCAGCCUUGCCUUUGAAUGCACAAGCACAACAUCUCAAUGCACACACCUUGAAUGGUGACGCUGAGGACUCCGCCGGACAAGAUGGGCCACUACACCGGUCCCAGAAAACUCUGCUGCCCUUUUUAAAAAGAAAAGUGCCACUAGAACACAGACGACCCUCAUCCGCACGCCGUCCAAAUAUCAUGGAUAUAAAUUUAAAUCCAGGAGGGGCUGAAAGCAGCGAGGAUGGACUAGAGGAAAGCAGGACCAAGAGGUCACGGCGAAGAAGGAAAAAUAAGAGAGAGGGGCCAGGGUGGAAAGGACAGUCAGUAUUGUCUUUGGAUAUCCCGGAUUCCAGUAGCCACCUCUCAGAUGCUCUGGUGAAAAGACGCUAUGUGAAACAAGACACAGACUUGCAUGGAAAAAGACCAUGUGAUCAUGCUCUGGAAGUAGACACUUCAGACACUGCUACUCCUGACAUCUUGAGCUCUGGAGCCAUGACCCCUGAUCCAUUUGGACUUGGUCUCAAUGCUCCCAGCAAUUCCAAUCAUGGGGCUCUUGGUGUAGUUGGAUCAUUAGAUCAAGAGUUGACCACCAAACUGAAAGAACUGACCAGUCAAGUCAGAGAAACGCAACUUUCUUCCACUGAUGAUGAACUGGACAGGUGUGAGUAUCAAAUGGGGAAUGAAGAAAGCAAAACAAAAGAAAAAGUGAGAGAUGCUACAAUUACGAUUGAGGCUGCUUCAAAAGAAAGAUCAGAUGGAAUUGAAUUCACAAAUCAAAUGAGAUCAACUGAGAUGUUGAAAGAAGACGAUCUGACUUCCAAAUUGAGAGAGUUGACCAGUCAGGUCAGUGAGACAUUACUUUCUUCCAUUGAAGAUGAACUGGACAGGUGUGAGUAUCAAAUUGAAACCAAGGGUAAAAAUCUGUCAAUAAGAACUGAGGUGCUGGGGAGAGAUGACAGGACAGAUGGAAACAAAAUGAUACAAUAUGAUGAGAAAUCCCCAAACUAUGUAGAGAUGGUUGAAAAAUCAGAAGAAGAGAGAUCAGAGAAAACUGUGGCAAAACAGGCAAAAUGUGAGCAAAAUGACACGGGUGAGACCCAAAUGUCAGAAGAAAUUAGCUCUGUGAGCCAAAACCAGACACUUGAUGAGACAAAUACACAAAAUGAGAUAGUUAGAGAGAGAAUUGAAGAGAAAAAGAACAAGGGAGAAGUGCAAACUGAAGAGAAAUAUGCAGAAAUAAAAUAUUGUGGAAGUGCAUUUGAAAGUCAGCAGAGCAGAGAUGAGAAUCCCGAGAUGGUUGAUCACACUGAGGAUCAGGAGGUUUUAUCCUGUGAACUGGCUUUGAGUAGAUUGAUAAGUAAAGAUGGAAAGAUGGAAUUUGAUAGGAUCAUUAAUACUGUAGUGAAGGCUUUGGAUGAUAUGGAAGAACAUAUAGAAGCUUACACUAGUGAGGGGGUAUAUUUAGACAGAGAGAGAAGUGGGGGAGAGAAACAUGAGAUGAUGGAAGAGAAGGAGAAUAUUACUGAACAGGAAACGGAUGACACGAUAUAUAAGGGAUGCUUUGUUGGUGGAAAAUCGAAGGUGGUGCAGGAAAAAGAAAUGAAGGAAGAGGGCAAGAUCAAUGAAGUUGUGGCACUAAAGAGCAACAUUGAAAAUACUGAGGAGAGAGAAGACAAACAAUGCAGCAAAUCACCAGAAGAGAGAGAUCAAGAGGAGGAUGGCAAUAGUCAAGGUGACUUGAUUAAAAACAUGGAGGAACAGAGGGACCCCAAAAUUCAACACAGCGCCCCAUCUGGUCAGGAGGAGUAUCUGUCACCGGAGGAGAUCUACAAGGAUGCAAACAUGCUGGACAUAGAGAAAAACCUGCAUUUAAUCUCCAAUAUACUACAGCAGAAAUACUCAGCAGCAUCACUAUGCAGCAUCACCACUGAGGUGCUAAAAGUACUGAACGCUACUGAGGAUCUGAUUCACGAAUCUGUGGGAGAUGGACGAUGCCAGUCAGACCACAGUAACAUAUCGAUCAUUCCCCCUGAUGAGGCCAAAAGACUGGACGAACAGCUCGGCAGACUGGAGGAGAAUGUGUAUGUGGCUGCAGGGACAGUGUACGGGCUUGAGGGUGAACUGGGGGAUCUGGAGGAGUGUGCGCGCUGCAUCAGUGGAUCCACCACUGAAAGAGAGCUCGCUCAUCUGGAGGACCAGGUGGCUUCUGCAGCAGCACAGGUGCAGCAGUCUGAGCUCCAGGUUUCAGACAUUUGCUCAAGAAUUGCUGCUUUGAAAAAUGCAGGUCUUAAUGUAACUCCACAGACCCAAUUUACCAAGGUCAAGACUCCAAAAAACAAGACACAAACCAUUGGCUCGUCUCGGAAACUGAGGAGGCGACUGCCAGCACCUCCAAAACAAGAUAAAGAAGCAUAAAGAGGAUAGUGGGAUACAUCAGCAAGCAUCAUCACAAAGUAACUACAAACUUAAAAAGCCACUGAUCACAUGUGCCUUGAAGCUCAUGGCUCAUGGAUAAGUUUUUAUGGACUCAAGCUCUGGGAGACAGAUUCAAAUAAACUGAUGUAUCGCUCAUGCAGUGAUGUACGGAGCCCCGCAGAUGACAUGCAAGAAAAAAUAAAUACAUUGUGCGCACGAUUUAUUAAUUAGUUACCUCAAUGUACUAAAGCGUGCACACGAUUACUAUUUCAAUCAGGACCACUUCUGUCAAGUAUAUUUAUGACAAUUAUAAUUACAUACAGUUAGUGUAGGCGCUAUGGUUAUGUUCUGGGCAACACUCCACAUGCCUGUCCAUGCAGCCAUGCUUGGACAGAGCGGGGAGAGCAGCAAGACAAACCCCUCUGGGGUACAGAACAGAACCAUUAUAAGCAUACAUAAUUACAAGUCACAAUUACAUGAGUUGUAAACAGAAUGUGACAGAGACUGCUUCCAAUGAAGAGACUGUAAAGAAAGAAGUUAGAUCGGAUUACAGUUCAGUUGGUGGAGUUGGGGUUGGAGGAGGUAGUUAAUUGCAAGCAGCGAUGCGAUGGAAGAGACACUGAAGAAUGGGAAUUUAAAUAGACCGCAGGUGAAAGGUGUCAAGACUGGAUUGGUACACGUUAGGAAUGGCUGACUGUCAGCUGAUGCAAGUGUGACUAACGUGGCCUGACUGAUCUAACGCGAUGCUCGAUUGCGUUCCCUCCAUUUGCUAAAUCGUGCGCAUAAUCUAUAAAUCGAGUGAAUGAAAUAGUACAUCGAGGGAAUGCAAUAAUAAUCCUGUGCACGUUUUAGUACAUUGAGGGAAUGAAUUAGUAAAUCGUGCACACGAUUUAACCUAAUAUUUUUUCCUGCAUGUCAUGUGCGGGGCUCUGUAGUGAUGCCAUUUUACACAAACAAAUAACUCUUGAUUGCUUUAUUACCUAUCUCCCCUCAUAAUAAAUAAUCUAAAUAAUAAAUAAAAUGUAAAAUUAUACUAUGAUGUGGGGGUUUGUUUUAGCAUAUUUGACCAUUACUGUGAAUCAAGCUCAUCAUCAAAUAAAGCUUUUAAUAAAAAAAAAAGAAAAGGAAUAGUUUACCCUAACAUGAAUAUUCUGGACUUUUUUUACUUACUCAAAGUCGAAAACCAAACAGUUUUAUUAAAACAUUUCUAUUAUAUGGAAAAAAACAACAUUUAAGGCAUUUCUCAAAUAGUUUUUUUUUAAUAUUCUACAGAUGAAAGAGAUGGUGCACUAUCCCUUAUAUAGAUUCAUUUGAAUGCCUGACCAAAUAUUUCUUGGAUUAAUCUUUCUGAUUUAGAGUAGAUUAUUCUAGCCAUGUGUCACCUUUCAUGCAGAAAUGUAUAUGUGCUGAUAAUAGAGAAGUAUACAAACUACUGUAAAGACAUUGAUUUAUUGUAAAGUGUAAAUGAUCGGUGUAAAUUAAUGGAUUUUUGGUUUGAUAUUUUAAUUAUAGUACAUUUUCGUACACAUUUUUUGUGAUGUUUGUUGUUACUGCUGUUGAAUUGAGUUGUCCUGAUUACAAACAGAAUUAUGUUAUGAUAUUCAUUUACUGAAAUCAUCAAUAUAACAUUUGAGUUGUUGAGAUC